AUGUUGUCUGCUACUUCGUGGGUACCAAGAGGGUUCGCGAGUGAAUUUCCUGAGAAAUAUGAACUUAACGAUGAAGAGAUGGAAAGGAUUAACGAGUUGGCCAAAUUGAAUUUAGAUGAGGCCAAACAUGAUUUAGAAGAGGCUCAGGAAGCUGAAGAAGGAGGUGAAGAAGUUACAGAAGAAGUGGAAGAGCCAACUACUAAUGGUAACGCAUUGAAGGACCAAUUGGCAGUUGAUGACGAUUUGAAAGAAUUCGACUUAGAGCAUUACGAUGAUCCAGAAGAUGAAGCCAACGCCCAAGAUGCCAUGUUCAUGGGUUUAUCCGAGGAAGUCAAAUUUUACGAGGGUGAAGAAGGUGAAGAUCCUUAUAUUUCCCUUCCAAAAUCAAAGGAUGACGUGGAAGAGAAGCAAGAAUUACAAGUUUAUCCGACUGAUAACAUGGUCCUAGCUACCAGAACUGAAGAUGACGUUUCUUACUUGGACGUAUAUGUGUACGAUGAUGGUGCCGGGUUCCACGAUUCGGAUAUUCCAUCAGAAAAGGGUGAUGAACAAGAUCCUGAUGUGGCGCGUGGUUUAGUUCGUGAUUCUUCGUUGUAUGUACACCACGACCUUAUGUUACCAGCCUUCCCACUUUGUGUUGAAUGUUUGAAUUACAAGCCAGGUUCAAACAGUGAUGAAACUGUUGCAAAUUUCGCUGCAGUGGGUACUUUCGAUCCUGCCAUUGAGAUUUGGAAUUUGGAUUGUGUUGAUAAGGCUUUCCCUGAUAUGAUUCUUGGUGAACCAACAGAUAACUCUAUCGCCUUACCAACUAAAUCAAAAAAGAAGAAGAAGAGCAAAAGCAAACAUGUGACAACACAUCACACUGAUGCCAUCCUAUCUCUAGCACAUAACAAACAGUUCAGAGCAGUUUUAGCCUCUACAUCAGCAGAUCAUACUGUCAAAUUAUGGGAUUUAAACACAGCAACCGCCGCUCGUUCGUUAAUCAACAUCCAUUCAAAUACCAAUGUGUCAGCAUCGCAAUGGCAUCCAUCAAACGGUUCUGUGUUAUUGACUGCUGGUUACGAUUCUCGUGCUGCAUUGUCCGAUGUGAGAAUCGAAAACGACAACGAUAUGUCUAAAUACUGGAACGUUUCAUCCGGAGAGGAAAUCGAAUGUGUCCGUUUUGCUGAUGAAAACAUCUUCAUUUGCGGUACUGAUAACGGUAACGUGUACUCUUUUGAUAUUAGAAAUGGUGCCGAAUCUAAGCCAGUUUGGACUUUGAAGGCUCAUGAUGCAGGUGUUUCAUCUGUCGAAAUCAACAGACAUAUUCCAAAUAUGCUGUUAACCAGUGCUAUGGGUGAAAAACCUGUCAAAUUAUGGAAAUGUCCAUUAGACGCAAAGCCUGGUAAAGGUCCAAGCAUGGUACUAAGUCGUGAUUUCGGUGUAGGAAAUGUAUUAACCACUUCAUUCGCACCAGAUAUUGAAAUUGCAGGUAAUAUGGUUGUUGGUGGUGUGAGCCCCGGUCUAAAAUUAUGGGAUGUGUUCACAAACAGAUCUGUUAGAAAGAGUUUCCAACCAGAGCUUAAAACCUUACAACAACGAGCAAGAGAAGAGGCCAUAGCUCUGGGGAAAAGUUCAAGAAUCGCUAGAAAGUAUACCAAAAACGACAACCCAGAAACUGUGCUCACUGUGGAGGAUCAAAACGAUGAGGAAGAAGACGACGAAGAAGAUGAAGAUUAA